UGCGGAAGAAGUGAUCUGUGCUUUUGAACGCCUCUGCAUUGGUCGUAAAUAAAACUGCACGAAAGUUUUGAUUUGGUUUUAAGUUUGUUAUGUGCUAGAAACGUGACAUUAUUGUAGAUUAUUAAAUGUAGUUUUGCACAGCUCUAUGUAAUGUGCUAAUAGAGGAUUUGUUUGCGAAUGGGAAGAUAAACACUUGGUAUACUCUUGUAAAGAUGGAGUUUGUUAAAGAUGAUAGUGAAGACUUGAGUGAUGCAGAAGCAAGCAGAAUAAAAGACGAAGAUGGAGAGGAACAAAGCGACCCCGUGGAAGGUAAAGAGGAAAGUGAAGAACAGAAUGAAGUGGAGGGAAAAAAGCAGGUUCCAAAACCUAAUUUCAUAAUUGGAGAAAAAUCUUUGAAUUGCUCCCAAUCUGAAAAUGAUCCUUCACCAGAAAGAACAGAACUGAAAAGCUGCUUCACCUGCCCACAAUGUGAAAAGAGUUUCACAUGUAAACGAGACCUUCGGAGGCACAUACGGAUUCACACUGGAGAGAAGCCGUUCACAUGCUCUCAGUGCGAAAAGUGUUUUGCAAAUUCAGGAGACCUUAAGAGGCACUUGCGAAUUCACUCCGGUGAAAAGCCUUUCUCCUGCCCUCAGUGCGGAAAGAGUUUCACGCAAAAGGAAGGUCUGAAGGAACACACCAAAAUUCACACAGGAGAGAAGCCUUUCGCAUGCAUGUUGUGUGGGAAGAGUUUCACACAUCAAAACAGCUUAAAAAGGCACAUGAAGGUUCAUUCUGGAGAGAAAUUACACCAGUGCUCUGAGUGUGGCAGGAGAUUUUCAGAGGCCUGCAAUCUCAAAACUCACUUACUGUCUCACACUGGAGAAAGACCAUUUAGCUGUGAGCGCUGUGAUAAGAAGUUUUUUUUGGCCGUUCACUUAAAGACACACAUGAGGAUUCACGAAGAAGAAAAGCGUUACGUGUGUUCUUUUUGUGGGAAGAGUUUUCUGUGGCUUAACGGGUUUAAAGACCAUCAGAAAACACAUAUUGGUGAGAAACCCUACGAGUGCUUGGACUGUGGAAGUACUUUUAUUAGAGCCGGUGAACUGAAAGUGCAUGAACGGAUCCAUACUGGAGAAAAACCGUACAAGUGUUCACACUGUGAAAAGAGUUUCACAGUUUCGGGAGCAUUGAAAGUGCACGAGCGAGUGCACACUGGAGAGAAGCCGUACCUCUGCCCUUCAUGUGGGAAGACUUUCAGCCGAUAUGGAAAUCUAGGGAAACAUUUAAAAAAUGCUUGCCCAAAGUUGAAAACCUGAGUUCACCCUCAGGAAUACGCCUGUAACAAUUCAUUGAGAAUGCUUCCAUUGUUUCCGUUUCCAUCAACUGGCCAAAAUGUGGCUCAAUUUUUUUAUUUUUGCAUUGGCCAAUAAUUUUUCAGUUUGGUCACUUGAAGCUGGACUUUUAUUUUGACAUCACUGAGAACCCUAGGAUCACCCAUUAUCUGUCUCUCUCUAUUAGUUUUCUGUCUUUGUUGAACAGUUGUCUAAUAAUAAUAAUUUCAAGCACGGUUGCACACAUAGCCAGCCGUGAGCUAUUACUUGCCUAAUAUGAUCAUCAGAAGAUGGCCUUUGCAAUUCUAAUGUUUUAGAAAUGUUUUCUAUCCAUGCAUUACAAUCAUGAUCGAAAACAAAAUGAACAUUUAACAGCGUUUCUCACAGGAUUUAGCGAAACUCUGAUGAAUGGACCUAGGCCUCAAAGGAAGAGUACGGUGGGAGUACGGUAUUAAGAGCUCCAACCUAUAAAUCAGUGUGCAUCUUGACUUGUACCUGAACUUUAAAGGGGACACAAACCUUAGUUGAUAUAGUAACUCGUGAUAUAGUGUCUCAGUCUACAUUACACUACAUAAUACUACUAAUAAUAUAAUAUUAUUUAUAUGACAGUAAUAAUCAUAUGAAGAG